CAUGUGUGAAGCUGCCUCCCUGCCAUACAGAGAUGGCCUGGAAAAUCAGCAAUAGGGGCUUAACAAAAUGCCCCAAAGCCAGCAUAGCCCAGGGUUUGGAUGUCUCCAAAAACCCAGGAACCUCUGGCACUUGGACACAUCCUGAUCCAACCCCGGUCCUAAACCUCGAUCCCAGCAUGACUGCCAGCCCCAUAUGGGAAGCACUCAGCACCACUUGUCUCCUGUGGCUGUUUAGCUCUUCCUUCUGUGGUUUUGGGGAGAUAAAGACCUGCCAGAAAUGUGGCCAAAUCCUACAGAACUGGAUUGAGAAUUAAUUUUAAAAAACUUUCCUCCUCCUCCUUUCUUUCGGCCAAAUUAGAGUGGUGAGAGAAAUCAUCAGUAUGGAAAAGUCCUGUAAGCAGGUUUAAAUUGAGGAUGAAGUCAAAGGGGGUUUAUAAAUUUUAUUUUUACAUUUCCCAGGGUUCUGUUGAAAUCAUUGCCAGUUUGGUGAGGGGCAGUGGGUACCCUUAUGACUACACCUUUUGAACCAAACCCUGAUCUACCUUUUCCUCAGAAGCCCUGUGGCAUGGUCAUAAAUCCACAAGGAAACCUCUCACCCUGUUACAUCCUGUAGCUCUUUCCCAGUCUGAUGGUUCCCAUUUCAGUCCCAAGCUCCCAGAAAACUCAGGGACAACCAUGGCUGGACUUCAUGUAUUUUAAUCCAGCAGCUCAUUAGCUCGCUGAAGGAAAACAGGACCAAAAAAGGAGUUUAACUAAAAGGGGCAACUGGAAAGCAGAGACUGGCAGAACAUUUGAAGCUGGAGGAACAAGUGCUGGAGGGAAUUCUGAGAAUUUUAUUUGUGAGCCUUUAAACACGAUUGGUGGCGAAAGGCAGCCUGUGGUUUCCUGGCUGGGGAAAGGGUCUCAAAACCACACAUACUUCAGGCACUGUCCAUCGUGUCUUCACCCAACCAAGAAGGCCAUGUCCAAAUACGAGAUCACAGAUUGUUGAUGGUCAGCCAAGGCCAAGUUGCACCUAUGGCACAAUAAAAGACCCAGAGAAAUGCCAGUGGCUGCAGAGAGGCCUUGGGAGAAUGGUGUAGUUGGGCACAUCCCUAGGACUUGAUGAAAAUCUUAUUGUUGGACGUUUCGUAGCUUGAAUUAUUCAGAGUUAAGGUGUAAAAAGUUUUUCUGACCUUAAAAAUCUUGGAAGUUUCCUCCUGCUCAACAGCUUAAUGGUGUUUUGAAACAGCAAAGUUAAUAUCCCUUCCAGUGGAUUUUGUUUGUUUCUCAAGCAUUAUCUGAAAAUGCUGCACUUGUUAAGUAUCAUAAUUAUUAUUAUUAGCAAGUGUUUAAUUUGUGAGCAUACUCAGGGAGUGGUGAGCUCUGCCACCCUGACCUCUGCAAUGAGAUAGAGCAGAAAGCCUCAACAUACCCCUGCCAUGAAUCAGAAUGUCAUAAACUUAUUAACAUUUCCAAUAAUUCCAAAAUGCUUUCCCACCAGUAGGUACAGAUUGGAUCCAGAUGCUUUAUUAACAGAAAGAAUCAUUAACCAGUACCUCCACAAGGGAGAACGACAGCGAGUCGCGCUCCCCACGAAGCCUUUGCAGGCAGCUGACUGGGUGUCUCGGAAAAAAGCUUCAUAAACUUGCCCAAACCUUAUGAUAUUAGUGACAAAGAAGAGAUUAAUCUCAGCCUGGCUGACAGCCCAAGAUCAAUACUGAGAAACCAGACUACACCCUCAGCUUCAUGUUUCCAUGAGCCAGCAAAGCCAGAAAUAAACACUGCGGAGGCUGAGCCCUGCGAGACGUGGUGCCGCUCAUUCUGAGCUCUGAAGACCAGGACUGGAAGAGCAGAUGCUUGGCUGCAGUCCUGUAUCACCUUGGGGACAUGCCACAGUUGGGGCCCUGGGGCCUCAGGGAGUGUUGGAGGUGGGAGCAGAGACCCACAUCUUGGGGGUGUUUUAGUGCUGAGUUUUCAUCACCAUUCAUGAAAGUUUGACUUAACUAGCAAGAAGCAAGAGCUUCUUAGCAAGAGCUGAGCUCCAGCUUGGAUCAAGUGCAGCCCCAGAAUACACUGAGACUGGUAUUCAAAAUCAGGUCCACAUGGUUUUAGCCAGAUGUGAAACCACCACAGACCUUGGUGGCUGGUAAAUUUUGGGGUUAACCCUAAGCUCCAGCAAGUCCCCCCAAAAAAGUUUUGAUUCUCAUGGACAUCACAAGGUUGCACAUAUGCAGCUCCCCACAGAGCCCCAGGUGCCUGGAGGGAGCAUGGCUGGCGCACAGCAGGACACUACAGACACAGAGGGCUUGAGCUUGGCUGGGCCAGGGGUCUCACAUGGGUCUGUGUGAGACUUAUGUGGUUCAUGAGGUCUCAUGUGGCUCCUGUUCUUCCCCCACAGGCGAGAGCCUGAGCCCAAGCUGUGGGGCAGCCAAGAGGAAGAAGAAGCAGAGGAGGAACCGCACCACCUUCAACAGCAGCCAGCUGCAGGCUCUGGAGAGGGUCUUUGAGAGGACGCACUACCCUGAUGCCUUUGUGCGGGAGGAGCUGGCGAGAAGGGUCAACCUCAGUGAGGCCAGAGUCCAGGUGUGGUUUCAGAACCGGAGGGCCAAGUUCCGCCGUAAUGAGAGGGCGAUGCUGGCCAACAGAUCGGCAUCACUGCUCAAAUCCUACAGCCAAGAAGCAGCCAUUGAGCAGCCCAUGGCACCACGACCCACUGCACUGACCCCGGAGUAUCUCUCUUGGACCAGCACCUCCCCAUACAGCACUGUGCCCUCCUACAGCUCCAGCGGGACCGCAACGCCCACCCAAGGGGUGAACAUGGCCAACAGCAUCGCCAGCCUGCGCCUCAAAGCCAAAGAGUUCAGCCUCCAUCAGAACCAGGUGCCGACCGUGAACUGAGCAGGGCAAACCCCAUCCCAUGGCCUCCUCCAGGAUACAGCGUGGAGCCCCUGUGCCGGUCCAGGACAAAUCCGCCACCUGCCCAGCACACAUGCCACUCAUCCAAUGUCUCAGCAUCUUCUCUCCUCUUCCCUUCCCUUCUGAAGGUAGAGUCAGUCCCAGGCUGAAGUGGCACAUAAUUAUAGCCACAUAUGGAGCGAACUUGGUUAGAAACUUGCUUUUCCGCACACCCUCAUAAUAACGGCUAUAUAUACACACAUACCCCCCACACGCUCUUUGAGGACAAACAGAUUUGCCAAGGGAACAAGAAUUUGCUUCCAAACAUGGAAGGAUCUUGGACUAUUGGAUUUGACCAAUUUGGGUAUCUUGCCCGGAGAGCCAAAGAGUUAUUGGGUCUUCUCCCGCAGGGACAGUGUGGGAGGAUCACGAGCCCCCCUUUCCACCAGGCUGUGACUUGCGGCGCUCAACUGUGUGUGCCAAAGCUGAUCCAUGUGUUCGUUUCUUUGUGCAACCCCAGCCACACUGUGGGGUUUGGGACUUCCCAAAGUUUGGGUCUUUGGGAAGCUGAUGGCUCACCCAUGCCAUGGCCAGUCUCAGCCAGCCCUCUGUACUGUGCUGCCUGCAUUUAGGAGCUGCCUAUGCUGAUGGCAUCGGGCUUUGUCCCUUCCCAGAGGGGCAAGCAGAGCAUCUCAACAGAGCCGCCUGGAGCCUGUGAGCUCUCCCAUGAGCUGGGGAUGCAUCGCCAAUCCCCAAGCAGGCACUGCUGCCCUGCCUCGGUGGAUUUGCCAGCGAUUCUGCAGAGCCCCAGGUCAUUGAACCAUCCCAGGGAAUGAGAAAAUUGGAAAAAGCUGUUGGGUUUCAGCUGAGUAGGCGGCUCCCAGAGCUUCGUGCCAACGAAGGCUUCGCCUUCCGGAGGCACAGCCUCCCCGUCGGCAGCUCGCAGAUGUGCUCAGGGGUCUGGGGCCGGCAGCUCCAUGGGGGGAGGCUUUUUUGGUUUUGCAGAAAGGAAAUGGUUUCCCCCUCAUCUCACCCUGCUGUGCAGCCUAAUGAGGUUCCAAGGUGGGAUGUGCAGGGGGAUGGACACAGGGUGGGCAGCCUGGCCCUAAUCCCUGGGACUGAACUGCGGAGAGAUGCAGCCUCCAUGUUCCCCUGCCAGUUCCACGGCCGGAGUGGUGGAGGUGUGGUGUCCCUGUGGACAAAACCCACUGGAAACCAGAUCACCCUUUCCUCACCCACUGGAAAGAGCCACCAGCCAAGCAUGGGGACACCACCAGCUCAGAGGGGUGGCCUGGACAGAGAAGACAGCCCUACUUCCCUAGAAGAGGUUGAUCUGGGGGCUGCAGCAAUAGAUCUGAGGACAAAUAGAGCAAUUGCUGAGGUGCCUCCUCCAGGCAAACAUCCUCUGGUUGGUGACACUGAGGCUAUAAGUGCCACAGCUACAAAGUGCCCACCUGAGUCCCCACAGCUCCCUGGAGCAUCCUCUCUCAUUUCCACUGGGGCUUUCACUGCAGCUGCAUGUGGCACCCAGUGGCUGUGACACCAGGGCCUUCAGCUGCACCCCAGGCAAUGCCAGCAUGAGGGGGACUCACCCAGCACCCAGAGCUGGAGACCUGAUGGGAGAACCAUCUCCUCUCUCUGGGUGUGAAUCAGCCCCUCCAUCCUGCCUCCAGCCUCUGCCUUCUCUGCUCUACAGUGCAGCCCCCAGUUGGGAACAGCAACCUUCUCCUCCUCAAGCUUGGCAGGCAGGGAGCAGGCACAGCCUGACUGACACUGUCCACCUCAUCCAGGGAGCACUGUCACCAUAAACACCCACUCUCUGUAUUUCCAGGGCUGGUAUCCCUCCCAUUUGUCAUGCCAGAAGAAGAGCACGCAGCUCCCCACACUGCACAGAGACCUGCCAUGGCAGGGGGAAUAGGGAUCCACUGUGGAUCAAAUCAUCCACCCUGAGAAACACUGCUUGGGGCAGGAGGAGGGGGCCAGGGGGGUCCUAUUCCCAUGGAAAGCACAGGGCUCUUUUUUCGGUUAUACAAGAUGAAACCACAGGGAUAUAAAUGUUGCUGCCUCUUUGAGAACAUUAAUGAAAAUAAACCCAUUUAAUAGUUUGCAGAUGCUGUUUCUGUAAACCUAAAAAAAGCAGGGAAUAAAUAUUUCUUCACUAAAUAUCUAUAUGUAUAUAUAUAUUUGAAAACAUUUGCUCCUAAUCUUAGGGCCCCUCCUUUGCUGUGCUUUUGGCAGCUUAUCACAGCUUGUCAGUCAAUACUGAACUCACCAAGAAGAGAUACAAAUUGCACCCAUGGAGGGGGUAGCAGGACCGAGGGAUUAUUGUAAUCUAAGCUCUCUCUCUCACCCUUUCUAUUUGUACAUUUCAAUUACUUGUAACAAGAUCCACGGUGGAUUUGUUUCUUUCUUCUGCAUGUCUGUGUUUUGGAAAUUUUUGUAAGGUUUUUGUAAAAACAACUCUUGUGAAAUAAUGGAGGAAUAAAUAUUUUACUGAGUA